CGAUCAGGGCCAGAUGACGUACGAGGGGCAGCACUGGCACGCCGUGGAUACGUGUUUCUGCUGCGCUCGCUGCCGGCUGCCUCUCAUCGGACGACCCUUCCUCCCCCGAUCCGGACUCAUCUUCUGCUCCAGAACCUGCUCUCUGGGAGAAGACCCCGACAACUCGGACUCGUGCGACUCGGCUCUGCAGAUCAGACCCGCCGCCGGGCAGAGGCGCUGGGAGGCGGGGGGGAAACAGAAACAGCAGCAGCAGCAGACCUGUGGUUCCCCUCUGCAGCCACCAGAGGGCGUCAGACUGCCGGUUACUGUGGCUAAAGACAGUAUGCACACAGCGGGGGAGAGCAGAGGUGUUCACUGCUCCGCUCCGGCUCAGAAUGGCCUCCCUCCCCCCAGAGGCUCGUACUCCCCUCUCCCCCACAUCCACCUGGGGAACGGCUUGGGCCCGUCGUGGCCCAGCGACCUCCCCAACUACAGCCUACUGCCGGGGGACACUGCUCCUGUGAAUGGGAACACUGGACUGACCGGUCUGAACUCCAAAGGAACGUCCAGCGCUAAAGACUGCAGGAACUGGGUGGAGAGGACCAAUCAGGUGAUGCAAGGUAUCAGAAGCCACUCAAAUGCACAGACACAUGGUAUCAAUGGAAGCUGCACAAUUAGUGGAAUAAAGGAAAUAUAAUCGCAAACUAUUUUAAUAAUUGAGGGUCUUCAGCCCCUUAUGCCCCUUUCACACCAACGCGCUUCAAAAGCACAGUUU